AUGUCCUCCAAGAAAAUCUUAUCUGCGUCUUCAUUGGUCUCAAAAACUGCCCGCUCCGGUCACGCAUACGCACAUCCUUCCAACCUCUUCUGGAAGCUACUACAUAGCAGCGGCUGCACACCCCGUCGCUGCUCCCCAUCAGAAGAUGGCGACCUUCCCCGUCUUUUCUCAUUAGGCAACACGAACAUCGUGGCGCGACCGACGAGAAAUGGUUCAGAGCUGAGUAAAGGAGAAAUGGACUCCAGCGUCGCAGUCUUAGAAGAGAAAAUCCGGAAAUGUAGGCCGGAAGCGGUGUGUAUCGUCGGUAAGAGCAUUUGGGAGAGUAUUUGGAGGGUGAAGCGAGGAAGGAAGAUUAAGAAAGAGGAGUUUAGGUAUGGAUGGCAGGAUGAAUGCGAUAAUAUGGGUGCAGUGGAUGGUGAAGAUGGGAAUGGAUGGGAGGGCGCGAAGGUCUUUGUGGCUUGCAGUACGAGUGGAUUGGCUGCUAAUCUUAGGCCCGCUGAAAAGGAGGUAAUUUGGAAAGAGUUGGGUGUUUGGGUUGAGAGGAGGAGGAAAGAGAGAUCUACUACUCAUGUUGAGCAGAUGGCCGGACGAACGACUAGUGAGACUGUUGAUUAA